AUGGUUCUCGAAGAUCAGCGAUUCAUUCAUGAGGAUUUGGAACGGUUAGAGCAAGCUGUUGCCGACCGCGUCGGGGAUGAACCUCGCAACAUUCGCGAUCGCCUAGUGCGCGAUCACGAAAUCUCCCAUUUCCUCACCCGCAUUGACGAACAGUCGAACCGGCUCCUCGAUAUCUACAAAGAUGCGGACGGUGCGCGCGAGAAGGAAAUCCAAUCGAUCUCGACCGGUGAGCAGUUCGAGGAGUUCUACAAGCAGCUAGAUGAGAUCAAAGAUUUCCACCGCCGUUAUCCUAACGAGCCGGUUGAGAACCUGGAGCGGGCAUACAAGCGCCGCCAGCCUGGCGAAGGCGAGCCGCUGGGCUUGGAUAUCGAUCACAUGUUUACGGGCGAAGAAGGCUACGGACAGUUCUUGGAUCUGACGAUGUUGCAUGAACAGUACCUCAACUUGCCUGGGGUGAAGAGGUUGACGUACGUGCAAUACCUCGAUGUGUUCGAUGCCUUUACGCCACCGCAGUUGACGAUCAAGCGGACUAAUAAGCUGUCGGAUACGUAUUUCCGGUAUGCGGGGGAGCUGGCCAACUACCUGGAGGAGUUCAUUAAGAAGGUGCGGCCUUUGCAGGAUCUCGGGAAGCUGUUUGCCAGCUUUGAUGAGCAGUUCGAGCAGCAGUGGAGCGCGAAUGAAGUCCCCGGGUGGACGGAGGAGAAAGCCGAAGACGGGACUCAAGGCCCCAAGACCGAAGGAACCGGGGAAGGUAUCUGGUGCGCCGACUGCGAAAAGGAGUUCAAGAACGAGAACGUCUACAAGAACCAUUUGACUGGCAAGAAGCACGUCCGCGCUGCCGAGGCCCGCAAGGCUGCUGGUGAUUUUGGCGACCGGCCGGCCGCUUCGGUCGGAGGUGCAAACUCUGUGACCCAUCGCUUGAAAGAGCGCGCUGUCGCGGAGCGUGAGCACCGCGUUCGGUUGCUGGCACAAGCCCUGAGCGGCGAGCGCCAAGCUACUCGGAUCAAUGUGGAGCGGAAGCAGGGUAUGACGGAGCGAGAGCGCCAGUUCGAACUGGAGGCGUUGCUUGCUGAAUCUGAAAACGUGGGCGAUGCUCAAGGAGGUGAUCAAUCUGAUGACGAGGGAGAUGAUCGCAUUUACAAUCCUCUCAAGCUUCCUCUGGCCUGGGACGGCAAGCCGAUUCCCUACUGGCUUUACAAACUGCACGGGCUGGGUGUUGAGUACCCCUGUGAGAUUUGCGGAAACUUCGUAUACAUGGGUCGUCGUGCUUUUGACAAGCAUUUCUCGGAGGCUCUGCACAUCUUCGGUCUGAAGUGCCUAGGAAUCACGUCGAACACCAACCUCUUCCGUGAAAUCACCCGGAUCGAAGACGCCAUUCGGCUGUGGGAGAAGCUCGAGCAGGAUCGCAAGAAGGACCGAGAGCACAAAGAUAACGUGGUGCAGAUGGAGGAUGCAGAGGGCAACGUGAUGCCGGAGAGGAUCUAUCUUGAUCUUCAAAAGCAGGGUAUCUUGUAA